AUGUUACAAACAAAGCUUCGUGAUUCUAGAAAAGAAUAUGGUGAGGAUAGAAGUUUAUGUCUUAUGAAAGAACCUUCUCUUUAUAUAAAUGAACACAAUUUUGUCAUGCCACCAAAUGGAUUAAAUCCUAGAGAUUUUGUUAAAGCUCAUUUUGGAGAAUCAGCUAAAAACAAUCAAUUUCGUAAAGGAACAACAUGUCUCUCGUUUUGUUAUGAACCAGCAACUCCAAAUGAUAAAGGUGGAAUUAUUGUUGCUGUAGAUGCUCGUGCCUCAGCCGGUGCUUAUAUUUCAUCUAAAAAUGUAAUGAAAAUUCUUGAUGUUUCUCCACGAAUGGUAGCAACAAUGGCUGGAGGUGCAGCUGAUUGUCAAUACUGGACUCGUAUUGUUGCGAAAUACUGCAGUUUAUAUGAAUUAAAAGAAAAGGCUCCAAUUACUGUUGCUGCUGCUUCAAAAUACUUUGCCAAUCUUAUGUAUGCUUAUAGAAAUCACGGUUUAUCUGUUGGAUCAAUGGUAGCUGGUUAUGAUAAACGUGGUCCUGCAAUAUAUAUGAUUGACAAUGAAGGAAGAAGGCUUCCACUUCGAAUGUGUUCAGUUGGUUCAGGUAGUUUAAAUGCUUACGGUAUUUUAGAUACUUGUUAUAAACCAAAAAUGACUGAUGAAGAAGCUAGAACUCUUGGAAAAAGAGCUAUAAUGCAUGCAACUUAUCGUGAUUCUGGUUCAGGUGCUGUUGUAAAUUUGGUUCAUAUAACUCCUGAUGAGAAAAUUAAAUUUCCAAAAAUUGAUGUUUCUGACAUGUUCUAUGAAUUUGCUAAUGAAAUUGGUCGUGAUAUUGUUUAUGAUCCUAAGAACGAUGAAUAA